CUGAAAUAAAAGAAAAAGAAAAAUUAAAAAAAUAAAAAAAUAAAAAUAAAAAAAAACUUCUUCGGCCGCUCGUCUCGUCGUCGUCUUCUCUUCUUCCCCAUCCAAAAAGCCCUGUUUUUACUCUUUUUCUCCGCUUUUUACUUGUAAACAGAAACACGCAAUGUCUGUUGCUUCGAAGAACCCCUUCAGUCUCUUAGCCGACGACAUCGAAGAGCCCACCGUGGCCCCCGUCCCCGUCGCCCCGGUUACAAAGCAGACCACUUCGUCCAAGAAGGCCGACGCUCCUCCCAAGUCCGCUAAGCCCGAGAACGCAAAGCCCCGCGCUCCCCGCAACAACGCAAACGACGCCGCCAUCCGCGACAAGUCCGCCGGCCGCGCCGCCAACCGCUCUCGUCCCACCGAAGACGGCUCGGCUCCCGCCCGUCGUGGCCGUGGUGCCGCUGGCCGUGGUGGUAAGAGACAGUUUGACAGACACUCUGCUGCUCCUUCCGACUCCCAGAAGCAGGUCGCCGAGUCCUGGGGCUCUGCCUCCACCGAGCUCAAGGACGAGCAAGCCUCGUCUGCCGACGCCGCCGCCGAGAUCUCGGCCGACGCCACCGGCUCCGAGCCCGCCACUCCCGCCGUCGAGGAGGACAACUCAAAGACGUUCGAGGAGUACCUCGAGGAGCUCAAGCUCCAGUCCGCCGACCUCGGCCCCAAGCCCGAGAUCAGAAAGCCCAACGAGGGCGAGGACCCGGCCACCUGGGGCUCCGUCGCUCCUACCAAGGACGACAUCGUCACCGUCGACCCCUAUGCGAAGCCCAAGGCCAAGGAGGUCAAGCAGAAGGCAAAGAAGGAGAAGAACGUCGUCGAGUUCGAGCCCAAGUUCGCUCCCAUCCGCGACCCCUCCUCCUCCUCCGGCCCUCGCCGCGGCGGCCCACGAUCCCCCGCCGACCGCCGUGGUCCCCCAAGAGAGUCUCGCGGUGGCCGCGGUGGCCGUGGUGGCCGUGGUGGUGCUCGUGGUGGCGCCGCCGCUGCUGCUCCUGCUGCUGCUCCUACCCCCAAGGUCAACCUCGCCAACCUUUCCGAGUUCCCCACGCUCUCGUAAUCGCCUUCUCCAGCGCUGGCCAGUGAUCCAAUAUUCUACUCUCCCUGUCUGAUAUUGAGAUUCUUUUCUUCUUUUUCUUUUCUUAUUCCGUAUUGCCUGUUUCGACUCGACCUCGAUCUAGCAUUGCUGUGAUCAUCCACAAACCUGCCUUCUUUUCUUUCUCGUUGUUUUUCCAUCGCCGUUUUGUAGUCUAGUCUAGUUUGUCUCUCCUCUUUUUUUAUAUCUCUCAUUUGUCUCUCUCUCUCUCUCUCUCCAGUCUUUGUCUUUGCUUCGACUCCUCCUCCUCUCGUCCCCUCUCUAAAAAAUUAUUCUAGGCGCCAUUGGCAAAAGUUGGUAAUUUUUGUACUCUAUUAGAAUUAAAAGGAAAAAAAGAAAUAAUAUAUGUUAUAUAUCAACUAAC